AUGGGAGUGUUCUACGAAAGCAUUCCAAAGUCGAUGUUUGACUGGAUACUAGCGCAGAAGGCGUUCUGGGUAGCAACAGCCCCUCUAUCUGGUGCAGGCCAUGUCAACGUCUCUCCCAAAGGCGGCCAGUAUUUUGGCGUCAUCGACGAGAGAACUUUCUGGUACAUGGAUCUCUCCGGCUCCGGCUGUGAGACAAUAAGCCACUUGCUGGAGCCUGGUAACGGUAGGAUCACGAUCAUGUUCAAUGCGUUCGAGGGUGCUCCGCGAAUAUUGAGACUCUGGGGAUAUGGCAGGGUGCUUGAGAAUGGUACAGGCGGAUUCUCGGCCUUUGUCGACCAUCACAAAGUGCAAACGAUACCUGGUACUCGAACAAUCAUCGUUGUCGACAUUCACCAGGUCGGCUCGUCUUGCGGGUUCAGUGUACCAUACUAUGACUUUAAGGACUACCGUCCAAUCCUGAACGACUUCUUCGAGAAGAAAGAAGCUCGAUUCAACGCGGGAAAGACCGAGGACAGUAUGGAUCGGUAUUGGGCGUACAAGAACGCCUGGUCCAUGGACGGUCUGCCCGGCAUGCGGCGUGGGCUUGACGCGGCGAAAACGGAAGGUGUCGCCCCGAUCGUCAAGAUGGUCGGCCCGCUUGCGGCGAAGCAUUCUCGAAAUCGCCAAAGCGUUGAGGUAUCGUAUGUUAUGCUGAUCGCUGUUGCGGCUUUUAUUCUUGGU